GAGUGUACAAUGUUAGGCAAAUAUUUUGACAUGAUACACGACGUCUAUAGUUGUUAGUGGAUGAUCUAUGCCGUGUACUCAUAGUGGACCUUAUCUCCGGUGUGCCUUGGCUCGGAGCUGUGGAGGCGCUUUCAUGCAUAGUUAUUUACGACUUGGGAUGAGUGACAAGAUUCGUGUUUCAUCUGAGAUAAAGUGCAUCUUGAGGCUGGAUGUUGUGUGUGCCCCACCACCACCAUUGAGUCAGACAGCUCUGUGGACAGUUUGUCGUUAGCAGAAGAUAGACUGGAUGCUAUAAAAACCUAGAGAACAAUGAAAAUUAACUUUCUUUUAGACCGUGUUCUCUGAAGGUUGGUGGAGUGCCCCAAAGUAUAGUGCGCGAAUAACAAUUUUUCGUGUGAAGCCUUAGUAGCGAGUUCCUAGAAGAAGAAAUUGUGCUUGAAAUGGUAAAACCUGGGACGUUUUGUGGAAUUAAAAGUCGUAGAGUGAAGAUUGCCUUCGUAGUGCGAGUGUUAUUUGUGUUAUGCUUAGGCUCUAUUUCGGUGCUAAAUGCAUAUUUUGGGCCAUCUAAUGGCGAUAGCGUAGCAGUUUCGCGGCCUCGACGUCACCUUUUGCAAAUAUUGCAAGAUCAGGUGGAAGUGUUCGAGCCAAUUAUUGUGGAACCGGAAAAUUUCACCGAAUUUCCAGCUGAGACAACGGUGCCGAGUGAUCCGCACACACGGAACUGUACUCCUGCUGCAAUCUUCGAGUUUCCAUCCGAUGGAUUUACCCGGCAGGAGCGCAAGCACGGAUGGAUUACAGUGCACCUGCUGAUCGCCUGCUAUUGCUUCUGGCUGUUGGCCAUCGUUUGCGAUGAUUACUUUGUGCCAGCUAUUGAAUUGAUGUGCAAAAAGCUACAAGUCAAGGAAGAUAUUGCAGGAGCCACGUUUAUGGCAGCAGCCUCGUCUAGUCCAGAGCUGUUCAUUAAUUGUGUUGGCACAUUCGUAACGAAAGGUGACAUUGGAGUAGGAGCUGUAGUUGGAUCGGCUGUGUUUAACAUUCUAGCAGUUCCAGCAGUUUGUGGAUUGUUCGGGGGACAGGUCGUCCAAUUGCGAUGGUGGCCCGUUACACGAGACUCAAUGAUGUACGGCAUGGCCGUCAUCGGACUGAUUACGGUUCUCAGCGAUGGAAAAGUUAUGUGGUACGAAGCUACCAUCCUGGUGUCAGCUUACGUUCUAUAUAUCACAGCGAUGAUAUGCAACGACAGUAUUAACCGCUUCAUGUCCCGAACAUUCCGCCGCAAAUCCUGUGUCAGACCGUACACUGAAGUCACGGAGAUUGCCCCACUUCUGUCCAAUGGCCAUAACAACGGAGCGUCCAAGAGCAACCAAGUUCAUAACGGUCACGCGUGUGACAGUGAAGCUAGCGAAGAUAGCUUUCAAGAUUUUGAACUAGCGUCAACACCGUGGAACCGUCGCGAUGAGAACACCUUCGCGUACAUUUGCCGUUGGCCAAUUACGUUCUUUUUGUGGGCAACCAUCCCCGAUUGUCGACGCUAUCCUAAACUUCGUAUUCUUACAUUCUUCGUAUGUAUCUUCUGGAUUGGUAUUACGUCCUACUUCGUAGCUUUCUUAAUCACCGUUGUAGGUGACACUAUGGAUAUUCCUGAUUCUGUGAUGGGUCUAACGUUCCUGGCCGCCGGUACCAGCGUACCGGAAGCGGUUUCCAGUAUUAUUGUCACUAACCAGGGUCAUGGUGAAAUGGGCAUCAGCAACUCAAUCGGGUCGAAUACUUUCGACAUUCUGCUUUGCCUGGGCUUGCCGUGGCUCAUCAAGGCUCUAGCUUUUCCGGCCGUUCCCGGCAACAAUUGGGUUGCAUUAAACUCAACUGGUCUAACCUACUCGGCGAUAUCUCUGCUAUCGACACUCUGUGGGUUAUACAUCGCCUUUUGGACCAAUAAAUUUAAGCUUGAUUGGAAAGUAGGAUUAACGUGUACGUCGAUGUACAUAGCGUUCCUGACUGUGUCCAGCCUGAUAGAGUUGAACGUAUUUUUUAAGGUGAAUCUACCAACUUGUAUUCAUUAGAGGACGUCCCAUUCCGAAAAAAAUCGUAUUUUAUUAGGAAGACUUCAAGAUAUUAUUGUUCUGCAUGUUUGUGUGCGAUUGAGUGAUGCAAUUAGCCGUUUUAAGACGACAAAGAACUAUUAAUACAACAACCAGUCGGUACCGUACCGACAAUUAUCGGGAAAA